UGGAUAACGCGACACGUGACGCGCUCAGUGGGAAUUCACCCUAAGAUUAACUUCAGUCGUGCAACCCUACGAAGAUUUGUUAUUUGCAUUACGAUUUUUGAAAUGGAUUCUUACUUGAUACAAAUUCGCCGAGUGUGGUUUAACCAAGAUGGGGAAGCAUUGGCGGAUCUCUUGUCUUUGCGUCAUAAUCAUGUCUCAAUACCUCAAAUUGAUUCAGAAAUUGCUAUAAACAAAACCAUGGAACACUUGUCUGCACCAUUAGAUGAUUUGGUGCUUUGUCAUUUGAAAGCUGUGUCUGCUAUGAACAAAAACGAUCCUUUGGUUAUGUACAAUUAUCAAAGCUCAGCUGUGCAUGGUCUUGCAAAGAUUUUACAAAUGCAAAAAGAGGAAAAUUGGAUGUUGCCAGUAAUGAAUAUAAUGUGCCUGGAAUUAAGAUUAUCAGCGAUAGGUGCAGAGAAUUCCAAGAAUAAUAAAAACAUAAAGCCUGGUGAAGUUCUUGAGAAGUGCGCCGAAUGCUUGAUGGCUUGUUUUAGAGUUUGUGCAGCUGACAGUAGGAGUUCAGAAGAAGACACGAAACGAUGGGGAAUGCUAGCCUUGAUCAAUCAAUUACUGAAAGUAUAUUUCAGAAUUAAUAAAUUACAUUUGUGUAGACCUUUGAUACGGGCUGUAGAAUCUUCACCUUACAAGGACCAUUUUGCAUUGGCACAACAGAUUACUUAUAAAUUUUUUGUUGGUCGAAAAGCAAUGUUUGAUAGUGAUUAUAAGAUUGCUGAUGAGUACUUAACUUAUGCGUUUGAACAUUGUCAUAUACAGUGUUCAAAAAAUAAGAGAUUGAUUUUGACUUAUCUUGUACCUGUGAAGAUGUUAUUAGGAUAUAUGCCCAAGCAAAAUCUCCUGGAAAAAUAUAAUUUAAUGGAAUUCUGGGAACUAAUGGAGUCUGUCAAAAAGGGAGAUUUACGUUCUUUAGAGGGAGUUAUGGCGAAACAUGAAACUUUUUUCAUAGAUGCGGGCAUAUAUCUAAUCGUGGAAAAACUUAAACUGAUCGCUUAUAGAAAUUUAUUCAAGAAAGUAUACUUGGCGCUAAAUACACAUCAAAUACCAGUAAUGAGUUUGCUUGUAGCAUUACAGAUGAAUGGAAUGGAGGAUAUAGAUAUGGAUGAAACGGAAUGUCUUCUCGCUAAUUUGAUAUAUGAAGGCAAGAUCAAAGGUUAUAUAUCUUAUCAACAUAAAAAAUUGGUUAUAUCUAAACAGAAUCCUUUCCCUCCAUUAUCUACAAUUAUACCAUAGAUAACUUAUAAUUGUUAUUUUUACUGUUAUUUUUAUAAUAAAUACAUUAUCCUUUUUUAUGAUAUAACAAUAAAGUAUUCCAUUUUUUACAGAGU